AUGUCUGAACACGACUCGAUUGCAUAUGCACAAUCUGGAUCACCGAACAACGGCCAUGCUGAUCACUUGUUCUUUGAGAGGUCUACAGACGGAUACUCAAAACAGACGCUAGAUAAGAGUACCGCUGCCAAGUUGAAGCUACAGCACUACUACAGGGCAAUAGUCGAGCAAGCCCAAGAGAGAAAGAAGAGGCUCGAUGAACUGGAACAAAAGUUGGAGAAGGAAAAUUGUUCUGAAGAGCGAAAGAACAGACAGCGUAAUGCACUCGGUAAGAAAGAGGCGCAAUUUUUACGGCUGAGAAGAACGCGACUUGGCCUGGAUGAUUUUGUUACUCUCAAGGUCAUUGGUAAGGGAGCUUUUGGUGAGGUUCGAUUGGCGCAAAAAGCAGAUACUGGUAAGAUAUAUGCAAUGAAAACACUACGAAAAGCCGACAUGUUCAAGAAGGAUCAGCUUGCCCACGUUCGUGCCGAGCGCGAUGUGUUGGCCGAGUCUGAUUCUCCUUGGGUAGUGCAGCUUUUCUAUUCCUUUCAAGACGCCCAAUAUCUGUACCUUAUCAUGGAAUUCUUGCCCGGUGGCGAUUUAAUGACGAUGUUGAUUAAGUAUGAUACCUUCUCGGAGGACGUAACAAGAUUCUAUAUUGCGGAAUGUGUUAUGGCUAUUGACGCUAUUCAUAAGCUGAAUUUUAUCCAUCGGGGACACAUUAAAUUGUCAGAUUUUGGUUUAUCUACUGGCUUUCAUAAAACACACGAUUCUGCAUACUACCAAUGUUUGUUAGAUGGAUCUUAUAGUGGACCAAAUGGACAUAGGCAAUUGGGAAGUGAACAUAAUAUUAAUCUGACUUUGUCGAGUAAAGAUCGUAUCGCUACAUGGAAGAAGAACAGGAGGAAUUUGGUAAGAUAUUUUGAAGAGGCACUAUGUCGUAAAGGAAGAGAGGAGGAUGCUGAAAUUCAUCAUUUAUACGAAUUAUUAUUUCCAUUCUAUUUCCUUUCGCUGGCUUUUUCGACUGUGGGAACACCAGACUAUAUUGCACCAGAAAUCUUCCGUCAACAGGGAUACGGAAAAGAAUGUGAUUGGUGGUCUUUGGGAGCCAUAAUGUUUGAGUGUCUUGUUGGAUAUCCACCAUUUUGCAGUGAGAACGCCCAUGAAACUUAUAGAAAGAUUAUCAAUUGGAGAGAACAGCUGUACUUCCCGGAUGACGUUCAUUUGAGUAAUGAAGCCGAGGAUUUGAUAAGAAGACUGAUCAACUCCCCAGAACAGCGACUAGGGCGCCACGGAGCAGAUGAAAUCAAAUCACAUCCAUUUUUUGCUGGAGUCAACUGGGACACGAUUCGCCAGAUUGAAGCACCAUUUGUGCCACAGUUGACGUCGAUUACUGAUACUAGUUAUUUCCCGACAGAAGAUUUGGAUAAGGUUCCCGAACAGCCUCCUCAGAGCGUUCCAUCAGCGACAGCAGAAGUCAACCAGAAAGAUCUUGCGUUUGUUGGUUAUACGUUUAAGAGAUUCGACGAUCUAACUCCCGCUCAGAAAUUAGUGCAUUUCAGAGUUGCGUUUUUGUUGUUUGGAUUCUCUCCAGAUGUUUAUGGAUGCUUGAAAUCUGAAGAGAAUCUACUCACGCUUGCAUUUGGUAACAUCGAAGGACAUUCUCGACGCGUUUGCAGACGAGGAUGA